AUGAAAAGAGGGAAAGAUGAGGACAGAAUUAUGGUACCAAUGUUUCCAAGGCUUCAUGUGAAUGAUACUGAUACGGGAGGGCCAAGAGCACCUCCAAGAAACAAGAUGGCCCUUUAUGAGCAGCUCAGCAUCCCUUCACAGAGAUUCAGUCAUGGGGUGUCGCCCUUCAACCCUACCUACACUUCUAACCUAGAGCCUUCUGCUUCUUCAAGUCAGGGGACUGGGAAGGAAAGGAGUAAGUUUUUCUCACUUCAGCUGCCUCCUAGACAUCAAGCUGAGAAGUCAUACAGCCAAUAUUCAAAUUUGAGUACCCCGUUAACACAAGUUCAGCAGAAAAAGAAGUUAGAUGAAGAUGAUUUUACAGUUCCAAUCUUCUCUGAAUCCCAUUCAAAUCAAGAUCAUGGUAAAUAUUUUAGUGAUUUGGACACAAAAAAAUUCUCUCCCUCCAACUGUGCUGAUACCAAUUACACAUUGAAAUUUCCAAAAGUGGCUGAUAAAGAUCUAAAACAGACUGGCAUGGCUGUAGGAAGUUGCAAUCAAGAAGGAAAAUGCCUCAAAGAAGUGAAUACGAGAGAUUUUGUGGCUUCUCAGGAGCAAAUAGAUAAAGCCCGCUUAAAUUUAUCAUCACUAAAUAAAACUGAAGGUUUGAGGAAACAAAUUGAUGCGUCUCAGUCUGAUGAACCAAGAGAUAAUCCAGCUAAUAGUAUCGACAGAUUACAAAAGGUUGAUAAUAAUAUAAUUCCGGAGUUGUGUGCCGAGUCACAACCUGCAGGCUCUGUCCACAGUAAUGCUGUUAUGAGGGAUUCUAGUUUCGGCAUAAAUAAUAGACAUUCUUCUUCAUUCGGGGAUUUCCCAUUAGAAGAGCAAGAUGUUAUUCAUGAUUUGAGUGAUGAUACGACUUCUCAUGAAAAAGGUUCAUGUAGGUCGCCCCAAAUGGGAAAUAUUGACAGGGUCGAUAGCAUGUCUGAGACUUCUAUGGUGGAUUCUUUAUCUGGACUGGAUAUAUCUCCUGAUGAUGUCGUAGGAAAAAUAGGCCAGAAACAUUUCUGGAAAGCCAGGCGAGCUAUUACCAAGUAA